AUGUCUCGCGAAGAUUUAAUUGAAUGGGUUCAAAGUAGAGGUCGGGAUCUCGGAUAUGUUAUUGUGAUUAAAAGAUCCCGGAAUAAAAGUCCUACAGUUAUAUUUCAGUGUGACCGUGGUGGUACUUACGUGCCAAAAAAAAUCUCAUCUAAAAACACGGGUACAAGAAAAAUUGAUUGUCCAUUCCAAUUGGAGGGGAAAUACAUACGUGUUGAUGGUUGCUGGAGGGUUAGGGUAAUAUGUGGAGUACAUAAUCAUGAUCCUGCAUUGCACCUUGAAGGUCACCCGUAUGCAAGGCGAUUAUCAGGAAAUGAAGUCGAAUUGGUGGAAAAUUUGUCAGCGAUGCAUGUGAAACCACGAGAUAUUUUAACGUCGGUGAAGAUGCAAAAUCCGGAUAAUGUUUCCAUCACAAAAACCAUAUACAAUGCACGCCAAAAAUUCCGGAUGAUGGAUAAUGCAGGUAAAACUCAAAUGCAAGUUGUUAUGUCUUUUUUACAUAACAAUGGUUAUGUGCAUGAGAGUCGAACUAAUAAUGCAACAGAUGAGUUAGAAGAUUUAUUCUUCGUUCAUCCUAAAUCUAUGGAGAAGUGGCGUGCAUUUACACAUGUCCUGUUGAUAGAUGCAACCUAUAAGACAAAUAGGUACUCGAUGCCUCUCGUCGAAAUGGUUGGUGUAACUUCGACCAACAUGACAUUUUGCAUAGCGUUCGCCUUGCAUGAAGGCGAAGGCGAAGGCGAACGCUAUGCAAAAUGUCAUGUUGGUCGAAGUUACACCAACCAUUUCGACGAGAGGCAUCGAGUACCUAUUUGUCUUAUAGGUUGCAUCUAUCAACAGGACAUGUGUAAAUGCACGCCACUUCUCCAUAGAUUUAGGAUGAACGAAGAAUAA